AUGUCCCAAGCAAAAGCAUUUGAUUGCUUAGAAACCGUUCAAGUCGGCGACAACCCGACUGAUAUCGUUUACCACAGAUUCGCAAAUAAAUCCUUCCUGUUAAUCACACAACGGCAGAAAGUGACUAACGUUUACACAGUGCGUAAUCAAACAUCCAACAAUCUGAAUGGAGGAGCAGCGGUAGUGCUGUCUGGCGGUAUGAACCGAAUAUACGCGAUCAAGCACUGCUUCGGGGCGGUUUCCGAUGAGACAGAAGCGGCAAUUAGGUAUUUAAUGAAUUAUAUCGAUAAGAAUGAUGAAUUAGUUAUCUCGCUGGGACUAAAAAAGGUUAACAAAGCGUUACUGGAUCAAAUCGGAGCGUAUUUAAAAAGAAUCGUUCAAAAUAAAUCGCUGUGA